UUUGACUUAAAAUUAGUUCAAUAAAAAAAGUUAAAGGGAAAACAUCUGAAAUUGGUUUAAAUCAAAAUGUUUAAAUUUGUUGUUCUUAUUUUUGUUUCAUUGUUAGCUAUUUCUACAGCUACAAAUGUUAAAAAAUGUAAAAAUGGACAGCCGUUCCCUUUAAGCGUUGAAAUAGAAGGUUGCGCUGAGCCACCAUGUGAUGUUAUCAAAGGCACAACUGCCAUUAUGUAUGUGCACUUUUUGGGAACUAAAGAUAAUACACAAAUUUUGAGUGCCAAAGUACAUGCCACCACCUUGGGAAUUACCGUUCCCUAUGAAUUACCCGAUGAUGUAGCUGAUGUUUGUUCGAACUUAAUGUAUGAUGCCAUCUGUCCCAUCUACGAAACCGAAGAUGUCGUUUAUCAAUUUAACUUCUUUGUUGAUUCUCAUUAUCCGGAAAUUUCUGUUGCCGUUGAAGUAUCAUUGAAUGAUGAAAAUAAUGAAUCUGUAGCAUGUUUCAUUUGUAAUGUAAAAGUUAGAAAGGGUGCCACAAAACCUUUGAUGUUGGAAUAAAAUGAUUUGA